AAAAAAAAAAAGACCGUUGAGACUCGAAUAUUCUACAAUUAAUCGCUUUGAUAAACCUUCCUGAGAUAGUCUUCACAGUCUUCAGACCAUAAAACCCCCGAGGCUUUAUCACCCCAACCCUUCAAAUGCCGAUUAAAAAAUCCCAAACCUUAGAAAAUGAGAUUUCGGGAUAUCUCCAUAAGAGCCGAUCGGAUCACUCCCGUCUCGCCAUUGCUGCCGUCGCAGCAGCAAACGCGGCGGAAGUCUGCAGGGACCAAGGCUUGGAUCGUGGUCUCGGAUUCCGGUGAGACCCACCUCGAAGAGGUCGGGAAGUACUCGAUCAUGCGGCGGACGGGCCUGCCGGCCCGUGAUCUCAGGAUCCUCGAUCCCAUGCUGUUGUAUCCAUCAACGGUGCUCGGGAGGGAGCGGGCUAUCGUCGUCAAUCUGGAGGACAUCAAGGCCAUCAUCACUGCUACGGAGGUGUUCGUGCUGAGUUCGAAGAGCCCGUUGGUUUCGGCUCUUGUCGAGGAUCUACAGUACCAUCUGUUGAAUCUUCACAGGACGCCUCAACAGGCAGUUGAGAGCAGUGAUACUGACAUGGGGGUGACAAACAAGGGUCCAUGUUACUCUCCCUCUUUUCUUUCUCAUCACGAGCCAGAAAGCCCUUCUGGUGUGGGAAUUUCUCAACAGCGUCAUGUUUCCCUGGAAAAUUCUAUGAUGAUCCCUGAAAUGAAAGACUGCAGUCCUAUGUCUUCUACCAUGAUCCCUCAAAUGAAAGACUGCAGUCGUAGGUCUUCUACCAUGAUCCCUGAUAUGAAAGACUGCAAUCCUAGGUCUGACUUGGAUGGACCUAAGGAUGGGUGUCCCAAGGUGCUACCUUUUGAGUUCAGAGUGCUUGAAGUCUGUCUUCAAUCUGCUUGCGAGUGCCUUGAAUCCGAGACUUCCAUGCUGGAGAAAGAGGCUUAUCCCGCUUUGGAUGAAUUGACCUCUAAAAUCAGCACACUUAAUCUCGAACGUGUUAGACAGAUAAAAAGCCACCUAGUCAAAAUAUCUGGGCGUGUCCAGAAGGUGAGAGAUGAGCUCGAACAUUUGUUGGAUGAUGACAUGGAUAUGGCUGAGAUGUAUUUGACAGAUAAGCUUGAUCAUCAGCAAUAUGAAGAGACCUCCUUGAGGGAUGAACUAGAUGAUAAUGCAUUUAAAAUAGAUGAUGAAAGGGAUGAAGACUCUAAGAGCAAGGCCAAAAGCAGCUUUGUAAGCUUGAAUGGUUUUAAGCCGAAUAUUGAGGAGCUAGAGAUGCUUUUAGAAGCUUACUUUACACAAAUAGAGGGCACCUUAAGCAAACUAUCAACUCUGCGGGAGUAUGUGCACGACACCGAGGAUUAUAUAAACAUCAUGUUGGAUGACAAACAGAAUCAACUGCUGAUGAUGGGAGUGAGGUUUGGUACGGCCAACUUGAUAAUAUCCAUGGGCACUCUUGUGACUAAUGUAUUUGGCAUGAACAUCCAUAUCAAACUGUUUGAAACUACACAAGUACAAUUCCUCGAGACGGUCUUUGGGAUUGCAGGCUGCUGUGUCUUUCUAUACAUCAUAGCCAUUGUAUGUGAAAAGAAAAGAGGAUUGUUGGGAUGAUGCAAAUGCUCCUGGUGGGCCAGAGGUGAAUCUUUCUUGCUUUGUUUGUUUGUUCUCUGAUUGGAUAUUGGAGUAAGAGACUUUGAUGAUGUGUGAAAAAAGCAUUGAUGCUUUGUUAAAUAUACUAAAAUCCAUUGUUAACCUUCAGCAAACAAGGCAUUGUUAAAAAAUAGAUGGUCGGGAUUGUUCCGGCGGGUUGACCUUUUGCA